GGUAAAUGUAUGUAGGUAUUGGGGGAAGGGGAGGGAUCAAUCGAAAAGAAAUGGAAGUGGUUUAAAGUUCAUAUUUCACUUUUUGCUAUCCCUAUAGCGUCCGACUUGUGAGUUACUUACAGGCUGUAAAAGCUUCUCCAGUCUAAAAAUAUCUGAAAACUAAACUUGAAUUAACUCUUAAUACAAACAGUACUUUGAAAAUGCAGCAUUUAACCUUGUUUUAAAAUUUUAUUCUCAAAGCAUUUUUUUCCAGCCACUCACAUUUUAAAAGGUUGUAUUACUUUUAGUUAGAAUUGAAAGGGCUCAACUAGCAUUUGCUGUGACCAGUAUGCGGAGUCUGUGUUGGCUUUCCAGAAUUGACUUUUUGGGUUGUAUUGGCAAAUCACAGUCCUAAAUGAUGAAUGUUGAAUGAUGCACUAUGUUUUUGUUUAAAUGAGAUUUCCUGAAAAUAGUUAAUUUCAGAAUUAAGGGAAAUUGAUGUCGCUAUCAUGAGGCAUCAUAAAAAUAUGUAUUUUACAAGGUGAAGGUAUUUCAAGCAGAUAUAGUUCUUGAUGAAGCAGGAAGAACAUGGAUCUGGGAUUUGGAAGACCUGGCUUCUAGCUGCUACUAACCAACUCUGUGACUCUGGGAAAGGGGGACUCAGUUCUUACUCCUGUAACAUGAGGACACUGGACUAUUUGAAUUCAGAACUUAGAAAAUUGGAAGGGACCUUAAAGCCCUCUAAGAAAGAGUUCGGGAAUGUUCUCCAUUGCUGUCACUUUUCCUCCAAAAAUAACCUGGCUUGGAAGUUAUUGGUCCAGUGGGAAUUUGAUUCCCCAUAGAAAUUGGAGAAAAGGUAAUGCAAGUAGAGAGGAACAGCUGUAUUUCUGCUUGAGUAAUAAACCCACUAACAGAUUCUGGUACGAAUUGUGGAGACAUAAAGAGAAUGAGUGUAUGUACUUUAAGUGUACCAGUUUCUUCACUGUCUCCUGGUAGAAGAUGCAGCACUUCUAGUGAUUCUGGGAUUCUGGGAUGUGUUCCUAUUAAUUCUAAUACAGAUGAAGAAGAUGUGGUAGAGGAAAAGAUGGUAGCAGAAGGAGUGAAUAAAGAGGCAAAACAGCCUCCUAAAAAGAAAAGAAAGAAGGGUUUGCGAAUUAAGGGGAAAAGGCGUCGAAAAAAAUUGAUUCUUGCCAAAAAAUUUAGUAAGGAUUUGGGAUCUGGGAGGCCUGUUGCAGAUGCCCCUGCUUUGUUAGCUUCCAAUGACCCUGAGCAGGAUGAAGAAAGUCUUUUUGAGAGCAAUAUAGAAAAACAGAUCUAUCUACCUAGUACUAGAGCCAAGACCUCCAUUGUGUGGCACUUCUUUCAUGUUGACCCCCAGUACACCUGGCGGGCUAUUUGUAACCUCUGUGAGAAAAGCGUCAGCAGGGGUAAACCAGGUAGCCAUCUUGGUACAUCUACUCUUCAACGACAUCUGCAAGCAAGGCAUUCACCUCAUUGGACCAGGGCCAACAAGUUUGGAGUUACUAGUGGAGAGGAGGACUUUACCUUGGAUGUAUCUUUAUCUCCCUCUUCUGGAAGCAAUGGAAGCUUUGAAUAUAUUCCUACUGAUCCAUUAGAUGAUAAUAGAAUGGGUAAGAAGCAUGAUAAAUCAGCAUCUGAUGCCCUAAGGGCAGAAAGAGGGAGAUUUCUCAUCAAAAGUAACAUUGUCAAGCAUGCUUUAAUUCCUGGAACUAGAGCCAAGACAUCUGCCGUUUGGAAUUUUUUUUACACUGAUCCUCAGCACAUCUCAAGAGCUGUGUGUAAUAUAUGUAAAAGAAGUGUGAGCAGGGGUAGGCCAGGGUCCCACUUAGGGACUUCAACACUUCAACGACACCUGCAAGCCACACAUCCUAUCCAUUGGGCUGUUGCCAACAAAGACAGUGGUGCUGUUGCAAAUGGAUUAGAUGAAGCUGAGACUGAGAGAAGUGAUCUCUUGAGUGAUACCUUGCAUGGAGAAAAGUCUACAGGCAGCCAAGAUUUAACAGCUGAGGACCUUAGUGACUCUGAUUCAGAUGAACCUAUGUUAGAGGUUGAAAAUAGAUCUGAAAGUCCUGUUCCCAUUGCAGAGCAAGGCACUCUGAUGGAUGUGCAGGAGAGAGAAACAACAUGUUGUGGAAAUCCAGUCUCAAGUCAUAUAAGUCAGGCAAUUAUCCAAAUGAUUGUGGAGGAUAUGCAUCCUUACAACUACUUCUCAACCCCAGCCUUUCAGAGGUUCAUGCAGAUUGUGGCCCCUGAUUAUAGGUUGCCAUCAGAGACUUACUUUUUCACUAAGGCUGUACCUCAGUUAUAUGAUUGUGUCAGAGAAAAAAUUUUCUUAACUUUAGAGAAUGUUCAAAGCCAAAAGAUACACCUGACUGUUGACAUAUGGACCCAUGACCCAUCCACUGACUAUUUUAUUGUGACUGUACACUGGGUUUCUUUGGAAACUGCGUCUUUUCUCAAUAAUGGCAGGAUCCCCGAUUUUAGAAAGUGGGCAGUGCUUUGUGUUACAGGUUUGGCUAAAGACUGUUUGAUAACCAAUAUUUUACAAGAAUUAAAUGACCAGAUUGGUCUGUGGCUUUCUCCAAAUUUCCUUAUCCCUAGCUUCAUUGUUUCUGACAAUUCCUCUAAUGUGGUACAUGCAAUCAAAGAUGGUGGUUUUACCCAUGUGCCAUGCUUCCUGCAUUGUUUAAAUAUGGUCAUUCAGGACUUUUUCUGCGAGCACAAAAGCAUUGAGAAUAUGUUAGUGGCUGCCAGGAAAACUUGUCAUCAUUUUAGUCAUUCGGUCAAGGCCCGUCAGAUACUGCAAGAGUUCCAAAAUGAUCACCAACUUCCAUGGAAGAAUUUGAAGCAGGAUGAAACUGGCCAUUGGAUUUCUACUUUUUAUAUGUUAAAAUGGCUCUUGGAGCAUUGCUACUCAGUUCACCAUAGUCUUGGUAGAGCCAGUGGAGUUGUGCUCACCUCCCUUCAGUGGACUCUAAUGACUUAUGUUUGUGAUAUUCUUAAGCCAUUUGAGGAGGCUACCCAGAAAGUGAGCGUGAAGACCGCAGGAUUGAAUCAGGUGCUACCCCUAAUCCAUCAUCUCCUCCUUUCCCUGCAGAAACUCAGAGAAGAUUUUCAAGUCAGAGGUAUUACUCAGGCCCUCAAUCUGGUGGAUAGUUUAUCUCUGAAACUUGAAACGGAUACCCUACUAAGUGCCAUGCUUAAAUCCAAGCCCUGUAUCUUGGCUACUUUGUUAGAUCCUUGUUUUAAAAACAGUUUGGAAGACUUUUUUCCUCAAGGUGCUGAUUUAGAAACUUACAAGCAGUUCCUUGCAGAAGAGGUCUGUAAUUAUAUGGAAUCUUCACCAGAGAUGUGCCAAAUUCCAACUUCAGAAGCUUCUUGUCCCUCAGUUACAGUGGGAGCUGAUUCAUUUACCUCAUCUCUAAAAGAAGGCACCUCCAGUUCAGGUUCUGUUGAUAGCUCAGCUGUAGACAAUGUUGCCCUUGGAAGCAAAAGCUUCAUGUUCCCUUCUGCUGUAGCAGUUGUGGAUGAGUACUUCAAAGAAAAGUAUUCAGAGCUCUCAGGAGGUGAUGACCCUUUAAUUUACUGGCAGAGGAAGAUAAGCAUAUGGCCGGCUUUGACCCAGGUUGCCAUCCAGUAUCUAAGUUGCCCCAUGUGUAGUUGGCAAUCUGAAUGUAUCUUUACUAAAAAUAGUCACUUUCAUCCAAAACAGAUCAUGAGCCUGGACUUUGACAAUAUAGAACAACUGAUGUUUCUGAAAAUGAACUUGAAAAAUGUUAACUAUGAUUAUUCUACAUUGGUUCUGAGCUGGGAUCCUGAGCAGAAUGAAGUUGUUCAAAGCAGUGAAAAAGAAAUACUGCCUUAAUUUCUUUUUCUCCAUUUAAAAUGGGCAACUUUUUGCUGUGUUACUGUAUCUUAAUAGCUAUAGUUGUUAAAUAUAAUCAUUAUCUUUAUAAACACAUCUGGGGAAACCUGAAAUCACACAAGGGCUGAAAAUUCCUCAGAGGCAAUAUAAUUUUGAUAAAAUGAAGAUUAAAGAUUUCAUAGCUAUAACUGUGUCGCUAGCACUUGAAAAUUUUGCUUAUACCAAUGAGAGAGAAAAGAUAUUUUUAAUUAAAAAAAAUAUAGUGCAGCAUUGAAAGGCCUUAGGCUUUCUGCCUGGUAGAUUGAACUAGUAAUUGGUUUUAAGUAAAAUUUCCCCCACCAUGGGAAAUUUUAUGGCUCUGAAAUCAAUAAAAUGAGAAAAAAGUACACUAGGCUGGCAUUCCUCCUGCCCCUGUUUUUCUGUUUCCUUAAAAACCCUGAUGGUUAAUUACAACUUGGCAAAAAGAAAA